AUGUGGAACUCCUCGGAGAACGCCUUUGCCAGAUCAAACUCAUUCAGGGAGGGAGGGGAAGAUGAGGAGGCUCUGCGCUGGGCCGCGCUGGAGAGACUUCCUACUUAUAAACGAGCACGCCGAGGAAUUUUUAAGAAUCUCACUGGCGACAUGAAGGAGAUUGACGUCAGAGAUCUUCAGUCGCAGGAUCAGCGUCUUCUUCUUGAAAGGCUUGUUGACUGCGUGGAUAAUGAUCCGGAGAGCAUCUUUCAGCGCAUGAGAAGCCGAUUCGACGCAGUAGGUUUGGAGUUUCCGAAGAUUGAAGUUCGAUUUCAGAAAUUGACAGUUGAGACUUAUGUACAUGUUGGCAGCAGAGCUCUGCCAACUAUUCCUAAUUUCAUUUGUAACAUGACGGAGGCUCUUUUAAGGCAGUUGCAGAUAUACAGAAGAAAGAGAAGCAAAUUGACAAUUCUAGCAGACAUCAGCGGGAUUAUUAGACCUUCCAGACUAACAUUGCUGUUGGGUCCACCAAGCUCUGGAAAAACAACACUACUAUUAGCUCUUGCUGGUAGGUUAGGACCCGGGUUACAGAUGUCUGGGAAUAUUACAUACAACGGACAUAGUCUGAAAGAGUUCGUUCCCCAGAGGACUGCUGCUUAUGUCAGCCAACAAGAUUGGCAUGUGGCAGAGAUGACCGUGAGGGAAUCUCUCCAGUUUGCUGGUCGCUGCCAAGGAGCUGGAUUUAAAUUUGAUAUGUUGCUGGAACUUGCCAGAAGAGAAAAGAAUGCUGGAAUAAAACCAGAUGAAGAUCUUGAUUUAUUCAUGAAGUCAUUAGCUCUAGGAGGACAGGAAACCAAUCUUGUGGUGGAGUACAUCAUGAAGAUAUUAGGUUUGGACAUAUGUGGUGACACGUUGGUGGGAGAUGAAAUGCUCAAGGGCAUCUCAGGGGGACAAAAGAAGCGUCUUACAACAGGUGAAUUAUUAAUUGGUCCAGCAAGAGUACUGUUCAUGGAUGAGAUAUCAACUGGUCUUGAUAGUUCAACUACUUAUCAAAUUAUCAGAUAUCUUAAGCAUUCAACCCGUGCAUUCGAUGCGACCACAAUUGUAUCUCUUCUUCAACCAGCCCCCGAGACCUAUGAAUUGUUUGAUGAUGUUAUUCUUUUGUGCGAGGGUCAGAUUGUAUAUCAUGGCCCCCGUGAAGCUUCUGUUGAUUUUUUUAGACAAAUGGGAUUCAGUUGUCCAGAGCGGAAAAAUGUUGCAGAUUUUUUGCAAGAAGUUACGUCUAAGAAGGACCAAGAGCAGUACUGGUCUGUUCUUGAUCGCCCUUACCGAUACGUACCUGUUGGAAAGUUCGCUGAAGCAUUUUCCCUGUAUCGUGAGGGAACGAUUUUGUCUGAGGAACUAAAUACACCUUUCGAUAGACGCUAUAAUCAUCCAGCCGCCUUGGCAACUCUUAGCUAUGGCGCCAAAAGGAUCGAACUUCUCAAGACUAAUUUCCAGUGGCAGAAGCUUCUUAUGAAACGCAAUUCAUUUAUUUAUGUUUUUAAGUUUGUUCAGCUACUUUUGGUUGCCUUAAUUACAAUGAGUGUUUUCUUCCGAACAACAAUGCACCGUAAUACAAUUGACGAUGGUGGCAUAUAUCUUGGAGCACUGUACUUUUCUAUGGUUAUUAUUCUUUUCAAUGGUUUUACCGAGGUGUCAAUGUUAGUUGCAAAGCUUCCAGUUCUUUACAAGCACAGAGAUUUGCACUUCUAUCCUAGCUGGGCAUAUACACUUCCUUCUUGGUUCCUUAGUAUCCCAACAUCCGUGAUAGAGGCUGGAUGCUGGGUGGCUGUCUCAUACUAUGCAAUUGGAUAUGAUCCUUCAAUUACUAGAUUUUUUCGGCAGUUCUUGCUUUUUUUCUUUCUGCACCAGAUGUCUAUAGGUCUGUUUCGUUUGAUAGGAUCCUUGGGCCGGAAUAUGAUAGUAUCCAAUACCUUUGGAUCUUUUGCAAUGUUGGUUGUAAUGGCUCUUGGCGGAUAUAUAAUUUCAAAAGACCGUAUACCUGUUUGGUGGAUAUGGGGUUUUUGGAUUUCUCCUUUGAUGUAUGCACAAAAUUCAGCUUCUGUGAACGAGUUCCUUGGACAUUCUUGGGAUAAGAAAGCUGGAAAUCAGACGACCCACUCGUUGGGUUUGGAAGUAUUGAAACAGCGAAGUUUGUACGCAGAAAGCUAUUGGUAUUGGAUUGGUCUUGGGGCAAUGGUUGGAUACACAAUUUUGUUCAACGUUCUAUUUACAAUCUUCUUGGCUUACCUUAAUCCCGUGGGAAGACAACAAGCUGUAGUUUCAAAGGAUGAGCUGCAAGAAAGAGAAAAGAGAAGAAAAGGAGAAAGUGUCGUUAUUGAGCUGAGAGAAUACUUGCAGCGAUCGGCAUCAAGUGGAAAGCAUUUUAAGCAAAGAGGAAUGGUUCUUCCGUUUCAACCACUUUCCAUGGCUUUCAGCAAUAUCAAUUACUAUGUGGAUGUUCCUUUGGAAUUGAAACAACAAGGGAUAUUAGAGGACAGGUUACCGCUGCUUGUUAAUGUUACUGGAGCAUUUAGACCUGGUGUGUUGACAGCAUUGGUUGGAGUAAGCGGUGCCGGAAAAACAACGCUUAUGGACGUGCUAGCUGGAAGAAAAACUGGCGGAGUCAUAGAAGGGGGUGUAUAUAUAUCUGGUUAUCCCAAAAGACAAGACACUUUUGCAAGAAUUUCUGGUUACUGUGAGCAGACUGAUGUUCAUUCUCCUUGUUUGACUGUUUGGGAAUCCUUACUGUUCUCUGCUUGGCUUCGAUUGCCUUCAGAUGUUGGCUUGGAGACACAAAAGGCCUUCGUUGAGGAGAUAAUGGAGCUAGUGGAGCUCACUCCGUUAAGUGGAGCACUAGUGGGUCUACCCGGAAUUGAUGGUCUGUCAACUGAACAACGAAAACGGUUGACUAUAGCAGUGGAACUGGUUGCCAACCCUUCUAUAGUCUUCAUGGAUGAGCCCACUUCUGGAUUGGAUGCCCGAGCCGCAGCCAUUGUGAUGAGAACAGUGAGGAAUAUAGUAAAUACUGGGCGAACAAUAGUGUGCACGAUCCAUCAGCCGAGCAUAGACAUUUUUGAAUCUUUUGAUGAGCUUCUGUGUAUGAAAAGAGGAGGAGAGCUCAUUUAUGCUGGUCCACUUGGUCCUAAAUCUAGUGAACUGAUAAGUUAUUUUGAGGCAAUCGAAGGAGUUCCAAAGAUCAGGUCUGGAUAUAACCCUGCUACGUGGAUGCUAGAAGUUACUUCUUCAGCUGAAGAAAACCGGCUGGGAGUGGACUUUGCAGAAAUCUACCGAGGAUCUAGUUUAUAUCAAUAUAACCAAGAGUUGGUUGAAAGGUUGAGCAAGCCAAGCAGUAAUUCAAAAGAAUUGCAUUUUCCAACCAAAUACUGUCGUUCAUCUUUUGAGCAGUUCCUAACUUGUUUGUGGAAACAAAAUCUUUCUUACUGGCGUAAUCCUCAGUACACUGCUGUUCGCUUCUUUUACACUGUCAUCAUCUCAUUGAUGCUCGGUACGAUAUGCUGGAGAUUUGGUGCUAAAAGGGAGACGCAGCUAGAUAUAUUUAAUGCCAUGGGAUCCAUGUAUUCGGCAAUCCUCUUCAUUGGUAUAACGAAUGGGACUGCUGUUCAGCCUGUUGUUUCCGUGGAAAGAUUUGUUUCUUAUAGAGAAAGAGCCGCAGGGAUGUACUCAGCUUUGUCAUUUGCAUUUGCUCAGGUUGCCAUUGAGUUCCCUUAUGUGUUCGCACAGGCUAUAAUAUACUCUUCAAUAUUCUAUUCCAUGGGUUCCUUUAUCUGGACUUUCGAUAGGUUCAUUUGGUACUUAUUCUUCAUGUAUUUUACGAUGUUGUAUUUUACCUUCUAUGGAAUGAUGACAACGGCUGUCACACCCAAUCAUAAUGUUGCCGCCAUCAUUGCUGCUCCAUUUUAUAUGUUGUGGAACCUUUUCAGUGGUUUUAUGAUUCCUCACAAGAGAAUUCCUAUUUGGUGGAGAUGGUAUUACUGGGCAAACCCUGUAGCCUGGAGUCUGUAUGGUCUCAUAACGUCACAAUAUGGUGGUGAUAGUCAUUUGGUGAAGCUCUCCGAUGGAAACUUGAUGAGUAUAAGACAGGUACUUAAAGAAGUGUUUGGGUACAGGCAUGAUUUCUUGUGCGUUACUGCUGUUAUGGUGGCUGGCUUCUGCAUAUUUUUCGCAGUUAUAUUUGCCUUUGCAAUUAAAUCCUUCAAUUUCCAAAGGAGAUGA